AUGGUAAAGGCUUUUGCGUCAUAUAAUGAUGAUGUUGCUAAAAUUGUUCUUAAAAAUGCUCCAAAGAAUGCCAAGUAUACCUCCCCACAAAUUCAAAAGGAGAUUUUGCAUAUUCUUUCUACAAAAGUGAGAAAUAAGAUUCGUGAAGAUAUCGGCGAUGCCAAGUUUUGUAUUCUUGUUGAUGAAGCUUGUGAUGAAUUUAAAAGAGAGCAAUUAAUGGCUUUCGUUUUAAGAUACGUUGAAAAGGAUGGUUUUUUACAAGAAUGUUUCUUUGAUCUUGUGCAUGUCAAAGAUAUAACGUCAUUAAAUUUUAAAAAGGAUCUUUGUGUAGUUCUUUCUCACUAUAAUCUUGAUGUUCACAAUCUCCGAGGUCAAGGUUAUGAUGGUGCUAGCAAUAUGCGUGGUGAAUGGAAUGAUCUUGAUGAACUUGAAAUCGGCCGAGGAGCUAAUCAGAUUGGUACCUUGCAACGACCUGGAGAUACUCGUUGGAGCUCCCAUUUUGAUUCUGUUUGUAAUUUGCUAAGGUUAUUUGGUCCAACAUGUUUAGUUCUUGAAAACAUCAUUAAAGAUGGAAGUAAUUACAAAAGCCGGGGAGAUGCUGAUACUGCUUUUAAUACUCUUAGAUCAUUUCAGUUUAGUGAAAAGGCAAUGAAACUUAUUACUCUCAGCUCAGCUUUGGAUCCUAGAGAUGGUUACAAGUUGUUUAACGUCGAAGACAUUUGCACGCUUGUAGAUGAAUUUUAUCCUCAAGAUUUCAUGGGCCAAGAGAGGAUUAUUUUGACAUUUCAGUUACAACAUUAUAAGGUUGAAGUGCUUGCUCAUUCACAUUUGAAAAAUAUGUCAACAAUUUUUGAGCUAUGUAGAGGAUUAGUGAUAAUAGAGAAGUCAAAAAUCUACUUUUUGAUUGAUAUGUUGAUUCGUCUUGUCUGGACUCUUCCAGUUUCCACGGCAACUACAGAAAGGGUAUUUUCAACUAUGAAACUUGUCAAAACACAACUGCGCAAUAGGAUGGAAGAUGAGUUUCUUGCAGAUUACUUAAGCAUCAGUAUUGAAAAAGAAAUUGCUCAGACUUUUAGUACAGAUUCAAUUAUAGAUGAUUUUUCUUUUCUAAAAGAUCGUCGAACUCAAUUUUUGUAG